ACUACUAAGAUACCCACAAAAUCACUUGCUGUUUACAAUUGGCCACAUCUAGAAGGUUUACACUUAGCUGAUCCCAGUUAUUAUACGCCAGGCUCCAUCGAUCUCCUUCUAGGUGUUAAAGAAUAUGCUAAGAUAUUACAACCAGAGUUAGUCAGAGGUCCACCUGGAACACCAUGUGCAGCAAAAACAAGUCUUGGUUGGAUCUUAUUUGGUGAGAUAUAUUCUGGUGCAAAUACAACUGAAGAAUCAAACUUUCUACUCGCGCAUCAUGCAGUUGAUGUAGACGAGAUACUGAAAGUUAUAUGGGAGGUAGACAUGAACACUGAAAGAAAAUAUACAAAAGAAGAGAAACUUUGUGAAGAGAUUUAUGAGAAAACAUACAAAAGAAAUGAUGAGGGACGAUAUAUAGUGAAGCUACCAUUUAAGACAGAUAAACCGAUAUCACCAGACGGAAACACAAGAGAAAUAGCUUUAAAUAGAUUUAUACAGCUAGAGAAAAGAUUUAACAGACAACCACAAUUAAAAGAAAAAUACACGGAAGUAAUAAACGAAUACAUAAAUAUGAAACAUAUAGAAGAAGUACCUGAAAAAGAAAUUUAUACAAAAAAAUCAAUAUACAUACCACAUCUCGCAGUCAUUCGCGAAGGAAAGGAGACUACCAGUACACGUGUCGUGUUUGAUGCAUCAUGCAAGGGUUCAAACGGCACCUCGCUAAAUGAUGAGCUGUUGCUGGGACCAGUACUGCAAGGAGAUCUCAGAAGUCUGUUGAUGAGAUGGCGAAUGCAUGCUGUUUGUUUUGUGUCUGACAUUGAAAAAAUGUAUCGUAUGAUUUUAAUAGCAAAAGAAGAUACUGACUUUCAAAGAAUUUUAUGGAGAAAUAACCCUAACGAACCUCUGAAAGAUUUGCUCACAGUAACGUUUGGAACGGCGUCAGCUCCAUACCUGGCUGUUAAGACACUCAUGCAGCUAUCCUAUGAUGAAGGCGACAAUUAUCCUAUUGCCAGUAGAAUAUUACAAGAAGAUUUCUACGUAGACGAUGUUCUAUCUGGUUGUGAUAAUGUAAAGGAAGCCAUAGCAGCCAGCAAAGAGUUAAGAGAACUAUUACAACAAGGUGGUUUACAAACUAAAGAAAUGGUCAUCUAA